AUGCAACAAUUAGUAGGUUAUGCACUUGCAUUUGGAGCAGGUAUUGGUGCUGCGAAACUCUUACAAUGGUCUCCAAUAGCAAAUCAGCAUCAACAUGGUGAACAAACACCUGGAUCAAAGAUGACUAUCAAAGGUGAACUUAAACGUCAAUUGGUUGCUCAUCAUUAUUGUUCACAUAUAAAUCAAGAUGUUCGUCAAUGUGUUAUUUAUGAUAGUGAUAGUGCAAAUGCACGUCUUAUUGGUGUUGAAUAUAUUAUUUCCGAAAAAAUUUUUAAUGAAUUAUCCUCAGAAGAAAAGAAACUCUGGCAUUCACAUGCCUAUGAAGUUAAAAGUGGUGCAUUAGUUGCACCAGGUGUACCAGAUUUAGCCGAAAAAGAAGUCAUGAAAGAAUUAAUAAAUACAUAUGGAAAAACUUUUCAUACAUGGCAAAUUGAUCGUGGUGAUCCAAUUCCUCUCGGUGUUCCACAAUUAAUGAUGGCAUUUUUACAAGAUGGACAAAUACAUGAAGAUUUAAUACAUCAACGAGAUGAAUACUAUAAGAUUUCAACGAAGGAAAAGAAACGUCAACGAGCGGAUAUUGAAGUUCCAUAUCAUACAAAUGAAGCUGAUACGUGGUCAAAAUCAGGCAAAGCCGUGCAAUUAACAACCAGUGAAUCGAAAAUGAAAAUGACCAAAUAG